AUGAAUCAAGACAAUUUGUACAACAAAUUCGUUCGAGAACUUGAAAAGUUAGGACAGAUGAAAAAGGAUUAUUUUGAUAACAAGCAAUUAUUUUACGUAAGAAUCAACAUGGAUGAUGAUAUCAAUCGGAGGACCGUAGUGAACGAUAUUGUACAAGCAAUUCAGAGCAAAGUAGAGAAGAACUUGUACAUCAAAUAUCAAAAUUCGCUCCGAUUUUACAACAUAAUGACCCAAUACAAAAAUAAAUACUAUGAUGAAAACAGUAAAAAAGUGACGCAAAGGUUAAUGGACGAUAUAGAACUAAAUCAUAGUUACCAAGUCAUUAAAAAGUCAAUCCGAAUCCAUCAUUUCUUCAAUUGCCCUAAAUUAAUUGGUAUAAAUGACGCAUUUAAAAACUGUCAAAUCUCCACCCGUGAAUUUUACCUUUUAUGUGAUAUGAAAUGGACAUUAUUCUCGAAGAAGUAUAAUUUCAAUGAUCAAUAUAAAGAGGAUUAUUCAUUUUGGAAAGUGAAAAGAAGGAAUUGGGAUAAUGAAAGUGAAGAAGAAAGUGAUAAAACGAUUUCCGAUUUAGGGGAAUGA